UAGAAGCGGAUUGUUGCCGAGGACGCAUUCUGCUGUCAGAGAUAACCGCCGCUCAGCCUGCUCUCACCUGGACUUUCACUACCAUGGACUUAACCGAGGAUAGCGCUGUGGAAAUGAUCCUGUGCUGACCCACUUCUUCACGCGUUUCUUUCUCUCUCUCUGUCUUUGACGCCUUCUUUCAUUUGUGCCAGGUGUAGUCAACCCUGAGGAACCAUGUCGGACAAGAUGUCCAGUUUCCUCCAUAUUGGGGACGUUUGUUCCCUGUAUGCAGAGGGCUCCACCAGUGGAUUUAUCAGCACUUUAGGGCUUGUGGAUGACCGCUGUGUGGUACAACCAGACACAGGCGACCUCAACAACCCACCCAAGAAAUUCCGAGACUGCCUUUUCAAACUGUGUCCAAUGAACAGAUACUCAGCACAGAAACAGUUCUGGAAGGCAGCAAAACCUGGAGGCAACAGCACCACUGACACAGUCCUCCUCACCAAACUCCAUCAUGCUGCUGACCUGGAGAAGAAACAGAAUGAGUCUGAAAACCGCAAGCUGCUGGGAUCCGUCAUCCAGUAUGGAAAUGUCAUUCAGUUGCUGCACUUGAAAAGCAAUAAAUACCUAACAGUGAACAAGCGUCUCCCUGCACUGUUGGAGAAGAAUGCCAUGAGAGUGACUCUGGACUCAGCGGGAAAUGAGGGAUCCUGGUUCUACAUCCAGCCCUUCUACAAGCUGCGAUCCCUGGGAGACAGUGUGGUGAUUGGAGAUAAAGUGGUCCUUAACCCUGUAAAUGCGGGUCAGCCUCUACAUGCUAGCAGCCACCAGCUAGUUGACAACCCAGGAUGCAACGAGGUCAAUUCUGUAAAUUGCAACACAAGUUGGAAAGUUGUUCUGUUCAUGAAAUGGAGUGACAACAAGGAAACAAUACUCAAAGGGGGUGAUGUAGUCCGGUUGUUCCAUGCAGAGCAGGAGAAGUUCCUGACUUGUGACGACCACAGAAAGAAGCAGUAUGUUUUUCUUAGAACAACCGGCCGGCAGUCUGCCACUUCUGCCACCAGCAGCAAAGCACUGUGGGAAGUAGAGGUGGUCCACCAUGACCCAUGUAGGGGAGGUGCAGGCUACUGGAACAGCCUGUUCAGGUUUAAACACUUGGCCACAGGGUGGUAUUUGGCUGCUGAGAUGGGUGAGGUGAAUCCAGACUUUGAGGAGGAGAGUGCUGAACAGCGGUCCUCGGUGGUGGACUUUACACCCUUUAAUUUCCAGCUGGAUGCAGAUAAUGAAGCUUUACGAGGUCGUCUGCGAGCUCCACAGGAGAAGAUCAUGUAUACGUUGGUGCCAGUUCCGGACGGCAUGGACAUCUCCUCCAUCUUUGAGCUGGACCCUACCACCCUAAGAGGCGGAGACUCCAUGGUGCCCAGGAGCUCCUAUGUGAGGCUAAGACACUUGUGCACCAACACGUGGGUUCACAGCACCAACAACCCCAUUGACAAAGAGGAGGAGAAACCUGUUAUGUUGAGGAUUGGAACAUCAGCAGUAAAAGAGGACAAGGAAGCUUUUGCCAUUGUACCAGUGCCACCAGCAGAAGUGCGUGAUUUAGACUUUGCCAAUGACGCGAGUAAAGUGCUGGCGUCCAUUGCUGGCAAGCUUGAAAAGGGCACCAUUACACAAAAUGAAAGAAGGUUUGUCACCAAGCUGCUGGAGGAUCUAGUUUUCUUUGUGGUGGACAUCCCCAACAGUGGGCAGGAUGUUUUGGAGAUCAUGGUUAACAAACCCAACAGAGAAAGGCAGAAGCUCAUGAGAGAGCAAAAUAUCCUGAAGCAGAUUUUCAAACUCCUCCAAGCCCCCUUCACAGACAGUGGCGAUGGUCCCAUGCUGCGACUGGAGGAGCUUGGAGACCAGCGCCACGCUCCGUUUAGACAUAUUUGCAGGCUUUGCUACAGAGUGUUGCGCCAUUCCCAGCAGGAUUACAGGAAGAACCAGGAAUACAUAGCCAAACAAUUCCGCUUCAUGCAGAAGCAGAUAGGAUAUGAUGUGCUGGCAGAAGACACAAUAACUGCUCUGCUCCAUAACAACCGGAAGCUGCUGGAGAAACAUAUCACUGCUGCCGAGAUAGACACAUUUGUGACUCUAGUGAGGAAGAACCGGGAGCCGAGGUUUCUGGACUACCUCUCAGAUCUCUGCGUUUCGAUGCAAAAGUCCAUCCCUGUGACACAGGAGCUCAUCUGCAAUGCAGUACUGGACCCUACCAAUGCUGACAUUCUCAUCGAAACCAAAUUGGUCCUGUCGAGGUUUGAGAUUGAGACCACGACAAUUGAAGAUAGUCCAUUGGAGGCAGAGGAUGAAGAGGAGGUCUGGCUGUUCUGGAAAGACAAUUGUAAGGAGGUCCGGAGUAAGAGUGUCCGGGAGUUGGCUCAGGAUGCAAAGGAGGGUCAGAAGGAUGACCAGGAGGUGGUCAGCUACUACAGGUGCCAGCUCAACCUCUUUGCUCGGAUGUGUCUGGACCGCCAGUACCUGGCUAUCAACAAGAUUUCUGGUCAGCUGGAUGUGGAUUUGAUCCUGCGCUGUAUGUCUGAUGAGGACCUGCCCUUUGACUUGCGGGCGUCUUUCUGCCGCCUGAUGCUGCACAUGCAUGUGGACCGUGACCCUCAGGAGCAGGUCACACCUGUCAAAUAUGCCCGUCUUUGGUCUGAGAUUCCCUCUAAGAUUGCUAUUGAUGACUAUGACAACGAUGGAACCACCAGAGAUGAGAUCAAAGAGCGCUUCUGCCUCACAAUGGAUUUUGUGGAGAACUACCUGAGAGAGGUGGUGUCACAGAACAUCCCCUUCACUGACAAGGAGAAAAACAAGCUUACCUUUGAGGUAGUGAACCUGGCUAGGAACCUCAUAUACUUUGGUUUCUACAACUUUAGCGACCUGCUUCGACUGACAAAGAUCUUACUGAACAUUUUAGACUGUGUCCAUGUCAGCACCAUUUACCCCAUUGACAAGAUUGAGAAGGGAGAGGAAAGCAAAGCUGGCAGUAAUGUGAUGAAGUCCAUUCAUGGAGUCGGGGAGUUGAUGACCCAGGUAGUGCUGCGAGGAGGUGGCUUGUUGCCCACCACACCAACUCAUCAUCAGCCUGAGGGAGAUGUGGUUAAAACCCAGAUAGAACCAGAAAGAGAAGACAUCAUGGUCAUGGACACAAAGCUCAAAGUCAUUGAGAUACUACAGUUCAUUUUGAAUGAACGGCUAGACUACAGGAUCUCCUGCCUGCUUUGUAUUUUCAAACGGGAGUUUGAUGAGAACAACCCACAAGCAGACAACGCUGCCAGUCAGAACGGAUCUAAUAAUGUCGCAGGAAAUUUUGACUUUGAGAACAUUGAAGAACAGGCAGAGGGGAUUUUUGGAGGAAGUGAGGAGAACACUCCACUGGACCUGGAUGACCACGGUGGUCGUACAUUCCUAAGGGUCCUGCUGCACCUGACCAUGCAUGAUUACCCUCCUCUGGUGUCUGGAGCGCUUCACCUGCUCUUCAGACACUUCAGCCAGAGGCAGGAGGUCCUCAUGGCUUUCAAACAAGUCCAGCUGCUGGUGACCAGUCAAGAUGUAGAUAACUACAAGCAGAUCAAGUCCGAUCUGGACCAGCUGCGUUCUAUUGUAGAGAAGUCUGAACUGUGGGUUUAUAAGAGGCAAGGAGAAGAUGGGAUGGACGGAGAUGGACCUUCAGAAUCUGAAAACAAAAAUAAGGGAGACUCACCUGGUUCAGACAAGAAGAAGUCCGAAAGCACCAGCAGUUACAACUACAGGGUUGUAAAAGAGAUUCUGCUGCGUCUCAGUAAGCUGUGUGUCAAGGAGGGGAGUUCAGGGAAAAAGAGUAAGAAACAGCAGCAGAGGCUCCUGAGGAACAUGGGAGCCCACAGUGUAGUGCUGGAGCUCCUACAGAUCCCCUAUGAGAAGGAUGAGGAUAUCCGGAUGGAGGAGAUUAUGAAACUGGCUCACGAGUUCCUGCAGAAUUUCUGUGCAGGGAAUCAGCCGAAUCAGACUCUUCUCCACAAGCAUAUUAACCUGUUUCUCAACCCGGGGAUUCUAGAGGCAGUCACCAUGCAGCACAUCUUCAUGAAUAACUUCCAGCUGUGCAGCGAGAUCAACGAACGAGUGGUUCAGCACUUUGUCCACUGCACUGAGACUCACGGUCGACAUGUGCAAUAUCUCAAGUUCCUGCAGACCAUUGUCAAGGCUGAGAAUAAGUUCAUCAAGAAGUGUCAGGACAUUGUUAUGGCUGAGCUGGUGAACUCUGGCGAGGACGUACUGGUCUUCUACAACGACCGUGCCUCCUUCCAGACCCUAGUCCAGAUGAUGCGUUCAGAGCGGGACCGCAUGGAUGAAAACAGCCCUCUAAUGUACCACAUUCACUUGGUGGAACUGCUGGCUGUCUGCACGGAGGGCAAGAACGUCUACACGGAGAUCAAGUGUAACUCCCUGCUGCCCCUGGAUGAUAUUGUACGAGUCGUCACCCAUGAAGACUGUAUCCCUGAGGUGAAGAUUGCCUAUAUCAACUUCCUGAACCACUGCUAUGUCGACACAGAGGUGGAGAUGAAGGAAAUUUAUACUUCCAACCAUAUGUGGAAGCUGUUUGAGAACUUCCUGGUGGACAUCUGUAGGGUGUGCAACAACACCAGUGACAGGAAGCAUGCAGAUACCAUGCUGGAGCGUUAUGUAACGGAGACAGUCAUGAGCAUUGUCACAUGUUUCUUUAGCUCUCCUUUCUCUGACCAGAGCACAAGCCUGCAGAUGGCUCGUCGUUUGUAUACUCGUCAGCCAGUAUUUGUGCAACUGCUCCAGGGAGUUUUCAGGGUGUACCACUGUAACUGGCUUAAUCCUGUUCAGAAGGCCUCAGUGGAGGCUUGUAUUAAAGUACUCUCAGACGUGGCUAAAAGCAGAGCCAUUGCCAUCCCAGUGGACUUGGACAGUCAGGUGAACAACUUGUUUGUCAAGUCCAAUAAUGUUGUGCAGAAGAGCAUCCUCAGCUGGAGACUGUCUGCCAAAAACACCACCAGACGAGACUCCUGCCUGACUUCGUCUAAAGACUACAGAAACAUCAUUGAGAGGCUACAGGACAUAGUGUCAGCGCUGGAGGACCGGCUGAGGCCGCUAGUCCAAGCUGAGCACUCAGUGCUGGUGGAUGUACUGCAUCGCCCAGAGCUUCUCUUCCCUGAGAACACAGAAGCUCGCAAGAAAUGUGAAAGUGGAGGAUUCAUAUCAAAAUUGAUCAAACACACCAAGCAGUUGCUGGAGGAGAACGAGGAGCGUCUGUGCAUCAAAGUACUGCAGACACUGAGGGAAAUGAUGACAAAAGACCGGGGCUAUGGGGAGAAGGAGCUUGAUCCCAACCAGCCACAGAAGCAACUGGAGGAUCAAAGGAGGGGCGAAGCUCUUCGGCAGAUCUUGGUCAAUCGAUACUAUGGGAACGUCAAACCUGGCCCGAGGAGAGAGAGCCUAACAACCUUCAGCAACGGUCCACUCUCUCCUGGAGCACAGGGGAAAUCACCUACAGUUGUCAGUUCUGGGGUCGGAGGUCGAGGAGAGCUGAGUUUGGCGGAGGUCCAGUGCCACCUGGACAAAGAAGGCGCUUCUGAUCUGGUCAUUGAUCUCAUCAUGAAUGCUACCAGUGACCGGAUCUUCCAGGAGAGCAUACUUUUGGCCAUCGCUCUGCUGGAGGGUGGCAACACGGUAAUCCAGCGGUCCUUCUACCAGCGUUUAACUGGGGACAACAAGUCGGAAAAAUUCUUCAAGGUGUUUUAUGAGCGCAUGAAGCUGGCCCAGCAGGAGAUCAAAGCCACUGUGACGGUCAAUACUAGUGACCUGGGCAGCAAGAAGAAGGAUGAGGAGCCAGCAGACAAAGACACGCCAGCACGCAAGAAAGUCAAAGACAUGCCGGUGGUGGCGGUCGUGACUGAGGAGGUGAAGGAGCAGCUAGUGGAGGCCUCCGUUGUCACCAAGAAGGCCUUCACCACCUACCGCCGCGAGGUCGAAGCCGAAGAGCACCAAGCGGCCGCUGACGGCACUCCCGUCCCGACUGCUGAUAAGAGCCAGGAGGAAGGCGAGAUGAGCGUCAUCAUCACCAUCAUGCAGCCCAUUUUGCGCCUCAUGCAGCUGCUCUGUGAGAACCACAACAGAGAUCUGCAGAACUUUCUGCGUAACCAGAAUAACAAGAACAACUAUAAUCUUGUGUGUGAGACACUCCAGUUCCUGGACUGUAUCUGUGGCAGCACCACAGGCGGACUGGGGCUGCUGGGACUCUACAUAAAUGAGAAGAACGUAGGACUCAUCAACCAGACUGUGGAGAGCCUGACUGAGUAUUGCCAAGGUCCCUGUCAUGAGAACCAGAACUGCAUUGCCACUCAUGAAUGCAACGGUAUUGACAUCAUCAUCGCUCUCAUCCUCAAUGACAUCAACCCCCUUGGCAAGAAGAGGAUGGAUCUGGUGCUGGAACUCAAAAAUAAUGCCUCAAAGCUUCUUCUUGCAAUUAUGGAGAGUCGCCAUGACAGCGAGAACGCCGAGAGGAUACUGUACAACAUGAGGCCUAAAGAGCUGGUGGAAGUGAUCAAAAAGGCCUACAUGCAGGGUGAGAUAGAGGUGGAGGAGCCACAGGAGGGUGAAGAUGGAGAGGAGGAGCACUCUGCAUCGCCACGCAAUGUUGGUCAUAAUAUCUACAUCUUGGCGCAUCAGUUAGCUCGUCACAACAAGGAACUGCAGGCUAUGUUGAAGCCAGGGGGGACAUAUGGAGAGGGUGAUGAGGCCCUGGAAUUCUAUGCCAAACACACAGCUCAGAUUGAGAUUGUACGGCUGGAUCGUACCAUGGAGCAGAUAGUCUUCCCUGUGCCUAACAUCUGCGAGUUCCUCACCCAAGAGUCCAAGCUGCGUGUCUACUACACCACGGAGCGGGACGAGCAAGGCAGUAAGAUCAAUGACUUCUUCCUGCGCUCCGAGGACCUCUUCAAUGAGAUGAAUUGGCAGAAGAAGCUGCGAGGUACUCAAGAGGCUGCUGGUGACACAAACACGGUUCCCUCUCAGCCCAUCCUGUACUGGUGCUCCAGGAACAUGUCGUUCUGGAGCAGCAUCUCCUUCAACCUGGCUGUGCUCAUGAACCUGCUUGUGGCCUUCUUCUACCCGCUGGAGGGUGUCCGUGGAGGUACCCUGGAGCCCCAUCUGUCUGCCCUGCUGUGGAUGGCCAUGCUGGUUUCUCUGGCUAUUGUCAUCGUCUUGCCUCAGCCUCACGGUAUCCGGGCACUCAUCGCUUCAACCAUCCUCCGCCUGAUCUUCUCUGUAGGCCUGGAGCCCACGUUGCUCCUGCUGGGGGGUUUCAAUUUAUGUAAUAAGGUGAUCUUCCUUACGAGCUUCGUUGGGAACCGUGGAACCUUCACACGUGGCUACAUAGCCAUGAUCAUGGAUGUGGAGUUCCUGUACCACCUGCUCUACCUGAUUAUCUGUAGCCUGGGGGUCUUCGUUCAUGUCUUCUUUUACAGCCUGCUACUCUUUGAUCUGGUUUACCGAGAAGAGACCUUGCUGAACGUAAUAAAGAGUGUGACCCGCAAUGGGCGCUCCAUUGUUCUGACCGCUGUGCUGGCUCUUAUCCUCGUCUACCUCUUCUCCAUUGUGGGCUAUAUCUUCUUCAAAGACGAUUUCAUUUUGGCUGUCGACAGGAUACCCAACAAAACACUAGAGCAUGGAGCCAGUAUGGUGGGAGAGUUCUUCUCUGGUGGAGUGUGCCAAAAAGAGAAUGGGGAGAACUGUUCGGCAGAGGCCGUGAUGGAUGCUUCUCUUGACAUCCAGCCGUCAGCGGUGGUGAUCGAGGACAAGGAGCGAUCAUGUGACUCCCUGCUCAUGUGCAUUGUCACAGUAUUAAGUCACGGCCUCAGGAGUGGAGGAGGUGUUGGGGAUGUCCUGCGGAAGCCAUCCAAAGAGGAGCCCCUUUUUGCAGCCAGGGUUAUCUACGACAUGCUCUUCUUCUUCAUGGUCAUCAUCAUUGUCCUCAACCUCAUCUUUGGUGUCAUCAUCGACACAUUUGCUGACCUGAGGAGUGAGAAGCAGAAAAAAGAGGAAAUCCUGAAGACAACAUGUUUUAUUUGUGGUUUGGAGAGAGACAAGUUUGACAAUAAGACGGUGACCUUUGAAGAACACAUCAAAGUUGAGCACAACAUGUGGCACUACUUGUUCUUCAUCGUCCUGGUGAAGGUGAAGGAUUCCACAGAGUACACUGGCCCUGAGAGCUACGUGGCUGAAAUGAUCAGGGAGCACAACUUGGACUGGUUCCCACGGAUGCGGGCCAUGUCCUUGGUCAGCAGCGAUGCAGACGGGGAACAGAACGAGAUCAGAAACCUGCAGGAGAAACUGGAGUCCACCAUGAAACUGGUGUCCAACCUGUCAGGCCAGCUAACAGAGCUCAAAGAACAGAUGACCGAACAGAGGAAGCAGAAGCAGCGGAUUGGCCUGUUGGGACACCCUCAGCACAUGAACGUCAACCCCCAGCAGCCCGCAUAAGGUCAAGUGACACGGCCAUGAAGCAGCUUAGCAUCGGCUGUGUCUGGACAGAGUGUGCAUUUCCCACUCAGCGAAUGCACAUAAUGUAUACUACUCUGAGUGUGAGUGUAGGGAAAUACUGUAACAUACAGUAGGUAGUCAUAAGGCGACGUGUAGCUCUACCCCACGCAUGUGUUACUCCAAACAGUAACACUCACCCACCUCGUUGUGUUCAGUCAAGUUGGAAUUGGUGCCAAAUGUUUUCUUUGUAGAAAUAAAUUGGGAUUUCUCAACACAUGGCCUUUACUGGUUGAACUUGAAACACGAUAUAGCUGACUGGACAGGAGGAAUUAGUCCCAUUUGUUGUUUAUUAUUUUAUUUGAAUGUUUUCUAUUUAUAUUUCUAGCAUAACAAGCAGUAUUAAGUGUCUUAUUUUUGUAUGUUGUGCAAUAUAUUAACUUAAAUAUGCAGCCUCAUUGGUGUGUGGAUUUAAGUUCCAUCAAUCUUAUUUAAAAGCGUGGGCCAAUUUUUUGGUUGUACUUAUUGUCUCUGGAUAAAAUAGGGAGUAGUUGGUUGUCUUUACUUACAUAAAUAUAGAGAUAAUAUUUAAUAAGCUGGCUUACUCUAUUUUAAUUUUUUUUUCUUGAAAAUGUGCAUAAUUCUAGAGUGUCAAGUGCACUCAAUAGAGAUAGUAUAUUGUGAGAGCAAUAUAUACAGAUAGUUUUCUUUCAACUGUGUAAAUCCAAUUUUGGUUUGAUUGAUUUCUUAUUUAAUUGGGUUCUAAAGGACAUUUAGAAUGUAUUUGACUUGUCAGUCAAAUAUACUGUGUAAUGUGUUUAGUAUCACUCAUGCUAUUACAAUUUGCUCAGGAGUCUUUUACUGUAAUAAGCGUCUUUAGCAUAAUUUCUUGUUUGGCAGCAAACAUGUUCCAUUUGUGCCUGUUUUUGUCUUUAAAGUCUGGCACACGUUUGCUGCUUGUGCAGAAUCACUAACUUGUAUCUCUUUUUUUGGACUACUAUGUGUACAUAAGGUUUGUUGCUCAUCGUUGCUUUUGUAUAGAAAAAUGAGAUGGAGAAUGAAACCGUUCCUCCUGAAUGUUAAGAUUAACUAAAAAUCCAAGCACUGUCAAUUUGUAUAUUAAAGUAGAAUUAUUUAAUAAAAUUGAUGUAAUUAUCCUUUA